AUGACACGAAGAAAACGACGAUAUCAUUACUCAAUGAAUGUUCCAUUACAUAAAAAUUAUUCGUUGCCAGCUGUUUAUCGUCAUUUAAAACAACGUAAUCUUGGAGUUAUUCAUGUGAAAGACAAAAUUGAAAAUUGUAAACGCCGAUUAGUUAUCGGAUUUAAGAGCUCCUCACAUCGUGAUCAAUAUCGUCAACAUUUAUCCGAAGAUUAUUUCCAUUUAUUUCAAAUAUUAUAG